CCGGCGCGGGCUGCAACGCCGGGGAGCGAGGCUCGGAGCCAGGAGGCGGCGCAGCGGGAGGGAGCGCGGAGCCCCAAGCCCGGCUGCCCGCCUGGUGAGAGCGCCGCGGACGGGCGCUGGGCCGGGGGCAGCGGGUCGGUGGAGCUGCGGUCGCCCAACGGGCCGAGGGGGCGUGGGGAAGUCGGGCUCCGGAUCUCCAGUCAGGGCGCUGGGCGCCCCAGAGAGAUCGGGAGAAACGCUACGGAGCGUUGCCCAGCUGGGCGCCUGGGCCGCCGCGACCGCCCCUUCUCUGGGGACUUGGCGGAAGAGACCUGCCUGCGGGAGCGAGAGAGAGGAGCAGGACCUUCGUGCUCAAAAGGCGCUGAACAACUGAGCCCACUGCCCACCAAGGGCACCCACGGCCAGGUGGGGCCAUGGCAGGGCAUGGCUGUCUGGGGCUGGGGCUGUUCUGCUGGGUCUUGCUUGCUGUUCCUGUGGGCCCCCAGCCUGCAUCCUCUGUUCCAGGUGUCCCUCUCACCACUUUGACCCCACCACCUCAGAGUGAGGACUCUAUGCUCUCUCUCAACCUGGGACUUAACUUUAAAUUCCAUCUUCGGGGACCUGCGGCUGUCUGGGGAAGCCCUGUCACAGAGACCCAGUCUCUCUCUCUUGGGCCAGGCCAGGAGGCUGGGGAAGAGGUGGCCAGUGGGCUGAGGACUGACCCCCUUUGGGGACUGCUGGUGGGCUCUGCUAGGAACUCUCCCCCAGAGUGGGGUUCCGCCGAAGGCAGCUCUACACCCUGGGCCUUGCCCCUGCCUCCAGAGUCCACAUCCCCCCUCUCUGGGCUAACCAACGGGCCCACUGCCCCCUAUCAGCCAAGGACGGGCACUGUGAUCUGGGACACUGCUUUGGUGGCCACAGCACCUGCAUCCAGUGCUCCUAGGCCUCACCAGAGUGAGCUGGAGCUGAAGUUUGACAUGGCACUGAGAGCAGGAGCAGCCCCAACACUUGGGCAUCGGACACUGCCCCUGCUGCCCAGCCUGCGGGCCAGCCUAGCAGAGAUUGCUGGGCGCCUGGGACCCUUUGCAUUCUUUGGCACUACACUGUCCCCACUACGGAACUUCUCAGGUCUGAACACCCCAGGUGAAGCUACAUCUCCAACCUCUGCGUCUGGAGUUUCACCUUCUCCAGGGUCCUUUGUCACCACUCUGUCCCCACCCCUGAGCCCCCUGGAGAGGAAGCUUUCCAGCUCAAGCCUGCUAGACACAGCUGCUUCCCCAAAUUCUGCCUUGAUUGCAACAACAUCACUAGACCCCACCAACUCCACCUCUGGCUCGGAUGACCCCUCUCCUGUCAGCCUUGGGAGCCCAUCAGUACAGCCAGAGUGUGGGCCUGAGUCCUGCAGCAAGAGCGGAUUGCCUGAACACGAGGGGCAUCCUCCUGCAGCCUCGCUGCCCCUCUUCUUCCUGACGCUGGAGGCCGACUGGGCAGAGGCCAGGGCUCGCUGGGGGCUUGCCUGGGAGGCCCAUGUGUAUGGGGUAGGCGCGCUCUUCGGCCUGGUGGCCCUGGUGGCGCUGCUCGCUCUGGCCCUGUUACCCUGGCGCUGCCCGCCCGGCGCCCCCUGCCUGGCGCUGCUGGACCUGCUGCUGCUCUCGGCCGGGACCUCGCGGGCCUUCCCGCUCUUCUACGACGCUUAUGGGCACAGGGAGCGACUGCCGACGCUCGCCUGGUUGCUGCUGCAGGACCUUCCGCUGCCCUGCCUGGCGGCCGGCCUGGGGUUGGCCUGCAUGCUACUGGCCCGGCCGCGUCCCCCGCGGUGCCCCGCCGGCCUGGCUGCGCUGCUGUUCCUGGGGCUUGGGCUGGCAGCCGCCGCCGCCCUCGGCAGCGCCGCGCACCGCCCGCUGCGGCCUCUGAGGCUCGCCUCGCGCGGGCUGCACGCCUUCCUCGCCGCCCUUCUUUCGGGGCUCCUGCUGGCGCUCUCCUGCUGGCGGGGCCGGCGGCGGCGGGCCGGAGCGCCCCUGGGAGGGUCUGGCUUCAAGGGAGCCACCCCUCUCCCGCAGGCGCGCAGCCCCUUUGCCCCGCGGGCGUCCUGGCGGCGCGCGGCGCGCACGGCCCCAGUGGCCGGCACCUUCGGGUUGCUGAGCGGAGCCCUGCAGGGCUAUGAGGUGCUGCACGCCCUGGGCUACGGCGGCCAACCUGGCCUGGAAGGGCCCUGGCCCUGGUGGGCAUUCCAACUAGGCCUGCGCCUGGGCGAGGUGGGCGUCGCGUUGCCGUUGGCGCUGCUGGGCCUCUACCCCGCGCUAUGUAGUCCCCGCGUGCCGCCGCGCUGCUGGGCCAAGCUCUUCCGCUUGUCCCCAGGCCAUGCGGCCCCGCUGCUGCCCGGAGGCUGGGUCUCCGGGCCUCCAGACAAGGAGCCCCUGGGCAGUGCCAUCGCGCGUGGCGACGCGGAGCUGCUGCAGCUGUGCGCCGUAGCAGGGCCAGGCCCGGAUCUCCUACUACAGGGCUACGGCGGGUUCGAAGGAGCGGCGGUGGCGAACCCCGCCCCAUCCCCAGCCUCCUCCCCCUGCAGCGAUUACACCGUGGACUUCCGCCCUCCCUCCCCAAUCAACCUGAGGCGCAGCAUCGAGGAGGCCCUCUGCAGCGAGGCCCUGCUGGCGCCUGGCCUCUUCCGGGGCCCUGCCUUUGGGGACGCUCUGCCUGGGCUCGGACUCUACCGCACUGCCUCGCUGGGGACGAAGACAGGGGCCGGGCCCAGUGAGAAGUCGGAGGAGGCCCCUGGCUCCCCGGCGCCCCUGGAGCUCCCCUCCCCCGGGGCUUGGCCUGCAGGCAGCAGCGCCUCAUCUGGCUCGCUGUGCGGACUCUCACGGGACAGCUCGUCCAUGCUGCUCUGCUCCAGCCCCGACAGACCCCCGCGCUGCCCUCUGGUCCGCGUCCUCAGUCCCACGCGGCCCUCAGGAAGUAGCCCCAGCCUUCCCGCCUCAGGAUCCUACCAGGCCCUGUCCCCACCCUCGCACGACUCCCCAGAGCCAGCUCCUGAGCUGCAGGCUGAGGAGGCCUUGCUGCAGGAGCAAUUUCUGGACGCCUGCCGACAGAUCGACGAGCUGAGCAUGGGCAGCGACACCAUAGACCUGUGAAGAGGCAGCCGACUCGCUGUGAUGGGCCAUAUGCCCCUUUCUGGCGCCUGUUCUGCCCCAGACCUGCACACUGUAACCCCUUCUCCAAUCCUGUCUGGCUCAGAUACCUCUUCCCGUUUCCUUCCCCAUCCAGGGUGGGUGGGUCAGCAACCAGGCUCUUUAGAUUGGGAGUCAGCACCACCUGCUUUGGAGCCCUGGGCACUGAUGCGCUCAGCUGCAAUUCUAGGCUGGCAGGGGUCCUACUCACCUUGGCAUUCACCAGCAAUAAAGCUCCAAGGUGCUGUACUCCUGACCACCACUCCCCACUCUGGUGCUGAGUGAGAGGGGCUGUCCUCAGGCCCCUUACUCACCUCUGCCACACCCAGGAAUCCCACUCCUGUGAGAGUGAGACUCCCUGCCCUACAGGGGCCCAUAGACCAUCUAGGAGACUUCACAGCAUUUUGGUGGGAAGGGAAUGCUUUCAGAGUUAAUUUAUCAAUAAAAUAUUUUCAGAGGA